AUGUCCACAACCACAUCAACAGCCACAAACUCCCUUCCGGUCCUCGUGGGCGGCUGUGCAUGUUCCUACAUCCUCUAUGCGUCAACCUCCCUUCCUAUCUCUAUGUCACACUGCUUUUGCGUUGAAUGUCGCAAGACCGCGGGCGGACCCUUCCAAACAUACGUCCGCUUCCCCACAGCAGCCAUCACAUGGCUGAACGACCGCCAGCCCAAAUAUUUCUCGGCUAGCACCUUCGCCCGUCGUGGCUUCUGCGACAAGUGUGGCUCCAGUUUGGUGUUCCAGAUGAAUGAGCACCCUGAGAGGAUUUCGCUGGCUGGGGGCUCCAUUGAUGAUUGGGACGUUAAGUGGGGCCAGAGCGGGAAAGGGGAGGAGAGAGGAGAAGCGGAAGCGGGAUCUAAGGAAGAAGGAUGGGAUACGUUGAAUAAAUCAACAGUGUAUUAUUGGACAAACAAGUAA